UUUUCCUAAGGAUGUUAUUAAGUCCAACACCUCUCUAAAUGUUGAUCUAGUAUUUUUGAAUCCACCCCUUCAUUUCUUAUGCAUACUUUUUUGAUGGAAGAAUGUACAUUUUACUUUAUUUUUUUUAUAUUUAAAAACACUUACCUUCUGUCUUGGAAUCAAUACUGUGUAUUGGUUCCAAGGCAGAAGAGUAGUAAGGGCUAGGCAAUGGGGAUCAAGUGACUUGCCCAGGGUCACACAGCUAGGAAGUAUCUGAGGCCAGAUUUGAACCUAGGACCUCCCAUCUCUAGGACUGGCUCUCAAUCCACUGAACUACCCAGCUGCCCAUGAGAAUGUACAUUUUAGCAGAAUCUUCUUAAAAUGUUAAAUGUCAUACUAGAGAAAAAAAGUGGCCCUUUUUAUAUAUACUAAUGAUAUUACUUAGGUAAUAUUUUCUCUAUAUUCCUUCAGAUGGAAGACAGAGCAUAAGGGACUGAAAUGAACUGGAGUACAGUGGCAGAAUUCACUCUGGAGGGGUUUUCCCAAUACCCCAAACUUGAAAUCAUCCUUUUUAUCUUGUGUCUCUUGAUGUACUUGAUAACUCUACUGGGCAACAGCAUUCUCAUUACAAUCAGCAUCCUAGAUAUCCAUCUUCAUACUCCUAUGUACUUCUUUCUCAGCAAUCUCUCAUUCAUGGACAUCUGUUACACGACUUCCUCUGUAACUCCGUUAGUGGUGAAAAUCAUAGGGAAAAGAAAUACUGUUCCUUUCAUAGGGUGUGCCCUACAAAUGUAUCUCUCCCUUGCCAUGGGGUCCACAGAGUGUUUGCUCCUUGCUGUGAUGGCAUAUGACCGGUAUGUGGCAAUAUGUCACCCCCUUAGGUACCCUAUCAUCAUGAAUAAGAGGGUGUGUCUUCAGAUGGUAGCUGGGUCAUGGAUAACAGGCUGUCUCACUGCCUUACUAGAAACCAGUUCUGCCCUACAACUGCCUCUCUGUGGGAGUGCAAUCAAUCACUUUACUUGUGAAAUCCUAGCACUGCUGAAAUUAGCUUGCACAAGUUCAUUGGUCAUGGACAUGAUAAUGCUGGUGGUCAGUGUGCUUCUCCUUCCAAUUCCAAUGUUCUUAAUUUGCAUCUCAUACAGCUUCAUUCUCUUCACCAUUCUACGAAUCAACUCAGCAGAUGGAAGAAACAAAGCUUUCUCCACCUGUUCAGCUCACCUUACCGUGGUGAUCUUAUACUAUGGGACUGCUCUUUCCAUGUACCUGAAACCAUCAUCAGUAGAUUCUCAAGAAAUUGACAAGUUCAUUACUUUGUUUUAUCGGGUGGUGACUCCCAUGAUAAACCCUAUUAUCUAUAGCUUGAGAAAUAAAGAAAUGAAAGGGGCUGUGAAAAAGCUUCUGAGAAGAAAUGUAUUUUCACAAAGACUCUGAAACAGUUGGGAGAGGGUUUCUCAUUGGCAAGAAAACACAGAAAAUAGAUUUGGAUUCUGAAGAUGUAGGUUUCCAUUCAUAUCACUGUUCUGGAUGCUUCCUCUAUUAAUAUGUUGCUAGACUUACUAUGAUUUAGAAGGGGAUUUCAUGAGUAACUAUAAGGGUCCUCAACAAGUCUGUCACAAAGUGCAUGCCAAACCUUUUGAGCAUGGGAGAACCUACCAAAGUCUGUAUUUUCAAACAUUGUCUUUGAGAAUUUAGUGUUAACUACAUUUCAUUCUGAGGCAAGAGGGGCAGAAGAAUUUAUCAUAUUACCAACAAAAAUGAAAAAUCAUAUAUUCAUAUCAAUAGUUGAUUUAAAAUUUUCCACAUAGUUGUAAAUAAUGCUUUGAUAAGGGGGGAACUAUAAAUAUUUGAG